GCAAUCUGCGUGUGUUGGCGCGGCGGCCGGCUCGGAGUCAGCCCUAACUCUGCGGUCUCGCUGCCUCCGAGUGUUGGCGAACGCACAAUCAUGGUGGACAUACUGGAGCUCCCCAGAGCACGCGUCAACGCCAGCAUGCUCACGCAGUUCAUCGACCGACCCGUGUGCUUUGUGGGCAGGCUGGAAAAGAUUCAUCCCACAGGAAAAAUGUUCAUUCUUUCAGAUGGAGAAGGAAAAAAUGGAACCAUUGAAUUGAUGGAGCCACUUGAUGAAGAAAUCUCUGGAGUUGUGGAAGUAGUUGGAAAAGUCACAGCCAAGGCAACCAUAAUGUGUGCAUCUUACAUCCAGUUUAAGGAAGAUUGUGCUCGCUUUGGCAUGGAAGAUUCCACCAACAUUUAAAGGAAGGCCUAGAAGUCUAGACGGUGCUUUUGAGUCAGAGUCCCUGCAGGUGUGAUGCAUGAGACUUCAGCUGCAGCAGAGACUCCAGGGUGUUAGAUGGCAGAAACCAACAGUGGCAACAUCUGCAAAGGGAAGCUACGGGCAGCAAGUGGAGCCCGCCUAGGAGGCCACAGGGGCUACAGUGAGAAAGGCUGUCAGGGCAGGACUGCCCAGACCUAUUAACACUCUCAUAUCAUACCACAUGCUGCAGCGGCCACACCUGAAACUGCAAGAAUUUAACUUUUGCCAAACUGGAUAUUGUUCUUUAAUCCCAUUCUUUCUAGUAGUUCUUAACAUUGUACUAUUGUAUAUUAGAGAUAUGUAACCUUUUUUUUUUUUCACUUUAUAGAGGCCCUACUAGGAGUUUAAAUAUCUGCAGAAGUUUGAAUUUAUAUUUUGAAUGGUGGCAUAUAGGAGGUGGCACAUAUGCACUGUAAAAUGCCCACGAUCUUUUUAUAUAUACUCACAUGGAGAAUGCUAUCAUUUGAAUAGGAAAUUGCCCCACAGAUUUGAUCCACAUUUAGGGCUCUAUUUUGGAAAGUUCUAGCUAAAGUAGGUUACUAGGGGCAUAGCUUGGAAGGGGAUAACUUGGCUUCUGGUCCUUCCUUCUCUUUAUUUAUCUGCUAUGAUGUUCUGCAAUAGGUCCAAAGAUAGGGAGCCAUGUGACUAAACUUUCUGAAACCAUGAGCCAAAAUCCUCAUUUUAAGUUGUCAAAUAUUUUGGUCAGUAUAAUUUGAUUAUCUUCAAUUUCAUAGUUUUAUGGCCCCUAAAUAAUCUACAGAUUAUUUAAUAAAUAUUACCAUAGCUGGUUAUGGUAAAGCCUUUUAUUAUAUGAAAUAUAGCAUGUAAGUGUUAAGUACAGUUUGAAAACGAGGGAGACCAGCCAUUUCCAAUAAGUUAUGUCCGUCUCCAGUUGUGUGUUAACCAACCUGGUAUUACCAAAUGUUGAGUGUUCUCAGAUGGUACUAAGCCUAGGACCUUGCUUUCUGUUGAGUCCUUUGUGCUAAUGAUACGAUGCUGUUUCUAAGCUCUGUCGUUUCUGAGCCGCUUACCAUGUACACCUGGAUAUCCCCUCAGCGCAGCAACUCAAGGAGUGUUAUCUAAACAAGUACUUCCCUGCCACAAGUUCAGAUUUUUCCUGCAUUUUUUAUUAAAAUAUUCACAAAUCAUACAGUUCACCUAUUAUGAGCAUAUAAUUGAGUGAUUUUUGGGUAGAACUGCUAGCCAUUCUCAAUUUUAGGGUGUUUUCAUUUUGCUGAAAAGAAAUUCAACAGUACUUAAAUGUUAAUUUUUUUACACCUAGUAAGUGCUUAGUAAAUAUUGUUGAUUGUAGAGUAUCAGUAUAGGCAAAGGAGCACACUUAUGUCUUUAAAAAAAACUGUUUAUAAAGCUAGGAAACAUAGAAACAAGUUAGCACAAAAACAUUGUAAAAAUGCCAGCUCUAGAAUUAUAAGUAUUAAACUUACUGAGACAUUCAAACUUGAAAUUUAAGUUUCAUGUAGAAGAUGACCUAAUCCAAAACAGUUUCCUAAGUGCUAGUUCUGUAGUGCUUCCGAUUUUUUUCAUGAUAAAAUUAUAACAAAUGUGAAAGCAUCCUUUUCUGUGCUGAAUGCUCUGAGUUACAAACUGUUGUGACUGGUAAGUGUAUAGAACCCAGAGGUUGCACUUUUAAUAUGGUAAUAUAAUAUGCAUUGUCUUUCCACAAAUGCUUGGUGUUAAGUUCUAGGCUAAUUACUGAAGACACAUAUAAGUUUGAAGUCUGUCCACAGCAGCCUAUCAUACACUCAAUGUGUCUUACUAGCCAGCUAGUAUUUAAUUGAUCCGAGGUUUCAAAGAAAUCCCGAUUAGGAGGCGUCAGAUAUGGUUUUACUUUGUGAAACUUCAAUUUGGUUUCUUCCUUUACCUAAUUCAUCUGGAAUUUUAUUAUCUGUUAUAAAGCUGAUCCUAAUGCCAUCAAGUUGCCUUUCCUAGGAAGAUAGUGUAAAUCCUAGACUAUCAGGUAAAACACGUGUUUUGAGUUACUUUCUAAUAGAGAUGUUGACUUGACUUAAGCCAUUUAUUUCUUACGACCCCAUUUGAUCUACAGCAUGGAGCUGUGAGAUGGUUAAUUAAGACCAGAAUUGUAGGCUCUGAACAAGUUAUGAUAUAAUGUGUUCCUCUUGAUUUCAAGGAAUAAAACUGCAGUUAAUAUUGCUUCUGCAUUCCUAUUACAGAAUGUUAGCAGGGCACUAAGUUGUAUGGUAGUUCCUCAUUUUAAAAGAUGUAAGAUGAAAUACGUUGGUUUCUGAAUAUUAAAAAAUUCUGUUUCAACAUGAUUGUUUCUUUGGGUGGGCAAUUAAAGAUCAGAAAACUUGAAGUCAGUUAUCAAACAAAUCAAUUCAGAAGAAAAUAAUACAGAUGGACAGAGCAAGAAUUUAGGGCAUUGCUAUAAUUAACAGUGACUUAGUCUCAUGUUCCAAGCAACUUCAUAUUUCGGUUUGAAUUAUCACUCAAAUCUCAUAUCAGAAAAUGUUAAGGUAAUAAAUCUUAUUUAGCGGUAGUUGUAAAUGUAAAAAGAUUUCAUAUCUUGUUACCUGAAUUUUUAAAGUUAAUCAGCAGGAAGAUCUUUGUUGAUGGCUAAUUAUUAAUUAAAACUUAAUACUCUGACAUGAGGCACUGUUUAGGCAGUAGAUAGCAAUGCUUAUUUGCAUUAGUUCAACUCCAAUUGACAUACUGCAUACGUGUACUAGUCAAUUAUGUCAGGUGAAUUUAACACAAACUUAAACGGCUGUAUUUCCCUGAAACAUUUUAAUAUUUCUUUUGCUUUUGAGAGGCUUUAAAUUAUAUGAAAACACUGAGCCUGAUAAUCAAAUACAUUUUAUUUAAGAGCUAUAUCUGCCCUUUGAAAUGAUCAGUGUUCCUUUUAGCAAAUUAUUUUUUCCAUAUGUCUCAGAAAUGUUAUGGUUUAGUUGCUCAUGUAGUUGACCUUUUAUGCAAGGCAGACAGUGGACCAAGAUUGCCUCAUUUUGAAAAUCUCCUUAGAAAUGACUAAAUGUUUUCCAGAUGAUCAUACUGGAGAUUCAGAGAAAUAGGACUCAUUGCUUCCAAACCAGGAGAUUUUUGUGAAUUCUUUUUCUAUUAGAAACCAGUGACCUAAAAGAAUUGGGCCUCUGGGCAGUUUGCUUCACUUUCCAUAGUACAAAUAAACUGUGAAAAUAAGUUGGGACUAAAUAUGAUGUUUAUAGUGCUCUUAUUUUCAGAAAGUGAGUUUAAGGCAGCUGCUGAGGUUUCUUCUGCCUUUCCGUUUUCUCACUGUGAACUAAUACAGUGACUUUCCCAGAUGUUAAACUGUGGUUACCAGUGGAGAUGAAAUGGGUGACUUACUGUCAUCUGUUUGCACAGGGCCACUCUGCUAAAACUGGCACUAACAUCCUGCCUUAUUUUUUUUAAGGAAAGUAAAAUCACUUUUAAAGAAAAUAAAAUGGAUCUGUGUUGCCGUUGUCCCUUGAUCUUCCAUCAUAUGACCUAAACUUUGAGGUAUAAACUUAAAGAUAUAUUUUAAGUAAUCUGGUGAAAAUACGUUAUGAGAACAUUUGAGCUUUAAAACUCUGAGAUACGUUCAAGUAAGCAAGCACAAUACUCCUGUAUUCUGCGACCCAACUGAAAGCUCAAAGGAAAGACACUUGGGAAAGAAAAACUUGUAAGUUUAAAACUUUGUGUACUGCUGUGAAUAAUCCUUCUGUUCACUGUGAAGAUGUGUUCUCGUUAAUAAAAAGCUGAUUGGCCUAUAGCUAGGCAGGAUUUUCAGGACAGAGAGAAUACUGGGAAGAGGGGCAGAGUCUAAGGAGUCGCCAGCCAGACUUGGAAGAAGCAACAUGAGAAAUACAUAGAUAAGGUAAACAAGCCUCGGGUCAGCAGGCUUGUUUAGAUUACUAAAAAUGGAUUAAUUUAUGUUACAAAAUCUAGCUAAAAAUAAGCCUAAGCUAUCAGCUGAGCAUUUACAAUUAAUAAUAAGUCUGUGUUUAUUUGGAUAGCAUGCUGGUGGGACAGAGCUGACCAGUGGUCUAGAAAGAAAACUCCACCUACAAAUGUCAUUCCAGUGUGGGGCGAAGCUGUGUGUAUCAACAUAAAACUUAAAAAAAGAAAAAAAGCCUUAAGGAAAGGUUCCAAACACACAACAAUGGAGCCAGCUAGUUUCCUAGUCCCAUGGUCUCUCUAAAGGGCCAGGGUAUAGAGAGGAGUCUCCCAACCAUUGCCUGUGUGCUUGAGUAGUCAAUGUAAGCCCCUCCAGCAUGCCAUAAACUAAGCCGCAUGGCAGGUUUAGGGUUUGCUCAUGUAUACAGAAAAGAUUACAAAUGCCCAGUAAAGACAGAGCCAGACGAAAAAAAGCCUCUAAAUGGGUUACAGUGUAUAUAAAAAUAUACAUAGGCUUGGGAGGAAAAAGAGAAAGGGUAUAGACGGUCAUUAAAAAGUAGUUUAAAAAUAAUAAAGCCCUUAAAAAACAAAGUAAUAAUGUUUGUUGUCUAUGAAUUUCUUGAUGGUUGAUGACCAAGCGACAGCUGCUAUGACACACUGGGUCAUAAAGGCUGCUGACUUAAACCA